CCCUGCUCUGUAAAAGUAGGAAAAACAGAGAAUUUUAUUUUCAAUUGGACAAUUCGCAACAUAAACAGGCCGAAAAUGUCGCGACAAGCCUCCCGCCUGGACGCCAAGAAAGUGUAAGUGGUGUGUUGAGGGCUUGAGGUUGACACGGCACAAAUCGCCGAGCUAUCGGGCUAUGGAAAACCAUUUCAGCGCCACCAGCCGCCCCUCAGCCACGUCCAGAAUGAGCUCCAACGCCUCCGCCGCCGCCAACAGCAAUAGCAGCAGCAGCAACAACAACGCAUCAGCCGGCAACAAUGUGAGUGUAAACACGGCUGCGGGAGGAGCCACCAAUGCCGCCGCAACCGCACAGCCGAUCCAAGUGAUUCCCAUGCCCAUGUUGCCCGCAGGGGCGGCCCAGAUCAUAAUUGGCCAGCAGGCUCAAGGUCAGGCGACGGCGACGGGGCUGCAACCCCAGUUGAUACCCCUACAGGCCAACCAGAUCAUGCUGCAGGCGGCCCAGCAGCAGCCCCAGAUGCAGGUGAUGCAGCUGCCCGAUGGCCAGACCAUAUUCUAUCAGACGCCCACCAUUGCCGCCUUGGAUCCGAAUGCAGCGGCCAAUGCAGCAGCCGCCAUGGCCGCCCAACCCACGCCCCACUACCUCAACAUCAAUGGGCAGCUGGUGCAGAUUACUCCAGCGGCUACCGCCAAUCAGGCGACACCCAACGCUGGUCAGCAGAUCAUCAUGGUACCGCAGACGGCCAUGGCGGCGGUGAAUGCAGCUGCCGCCAGUGCUGGGGCCACAGGAGUGGGCACGGUGGUCGCCCAACAGCAGCAACAACAGCAGCAGGUUCAAGCCCAAUCCCAAGCUCAGCAGCAGCAGCAACAACAGACGGCGGCGGCUUCUAGCGCUGCGGCCAAUAAUAUAAGUGCCGACGUCAGCACAAGUACCACUGGGACCAAUACGAACAGCGAGGACGAGAGCUCCAAGGGCGAGGCGGAUGAGGAGCCGCUCUAUGUCAAUGCCAAGCAGUACAAACGCAUCCUCAUCCGACGGCAGGCCAGGGCCAAGCUGGAGUCGCGCAUUCCCAAGGAGCGCUGCAAAUAUCUGCACGAAUCUCGUCAUCGGCACGCCAUGAAUCGGGCGCGAGGCGAGGGGGGCCGUUUCCAUUCGGCGCAGGAGAAGGGGGAUCAGGAUUCGUCUGGUCCGGAUAGCGGCAGCAUGCCCAUGGCUCCCAGUGGCGGCAUCACCCUCAGCCGUGGCACGGCAAGGGCUCCACCUAAGCUGAUCGCACCACACCAAACACCAAGCAUUACCAUAACGGCGAUCAAGUCGGAGUAGCCGCCGCCUAGCUGUAGAUACAAACCAGACUAGAUCGUAGUUUAUAGUUCUAAGCCAGUCACUCUGUGUCCCUCAACCCGCCCUCAAUAACACCACGUCAGUCGGUGUUUUCGGUUUAAAUUUCUCGUCAUUCAUUUCGAAUAUUUAGCCUUGUUCCCUUUUUUCAAUUUCGAGAUAAUGGAGUUUUAUUUUCAAGUGUCGAUUUUCGUCAUAACAUUUUUUUGUAGAUCUAAUGAUUUGAAUUUAAGCCUUUAUUUCAAUUUUAUAAAUAUCGCUUUAUUUCCGAAUGUUUACUAGAUAUUUUUCAAAUCUGUAGAUUGUGGUUAUUGUAAUUAAAAGAUACAAAUUUAUUAUUUUUAUUGAAAUAUUUAAUUUUUUGAUUGAAAAACAAUGUCGUGUCCAAAAGUUAUACCAUAAAAAUUGUGCAAUUAUUAAUAUAGAUUUCACAAGCAAUUUCGAAAUGAAAUUGAGAACAAGGCUUUAAGAAUAAAUCAAAUGUACGACUCGUCUAUUGAGAACAUUUAAGAACACAGUCAAUACACCGCAUAAUAAAUACGAACAAUUGUUUAUAAACUUAAA